AUGGCAUGUGAGGGUAUAAUUUAUGUUUAACUCUUUUAAGCCAUGUGUUUAGGUAAGAUCAUGCAUUGAACAUGGAUUUUACUGAGGAUACAACUAGACAAGGGAAAAGACUUGGGGAAAAUGUCACAUCUCAUUCUACUGCUAAAAAGGCUAAGGAGUCAAUCUUUUCAGUCAAUACCUCCAAACCUGACUUGAAGCUGCUGAAAGAGGCUUAUGGCUUGUUGUCCUCUAGAGAGAAGCAUGACUUUGAGGUCCAAUUUGGGUGCAUCGGGGAUCUAUUAUCAGUGGUGUCGGAUUGGAACUUGUUCCAAGCUAUGUUGAAAUUCUAUGUCCCUCAAUAUCAAGCUUUUGUGUUCCCACAGUUUGAGUUGGUGCCCACCAUUGAUGAGUAUUAUCACUUCCUACAAUGUAGUCCUACAGUGGAUUCUUCUACCUUCACUCCUCAAGCACAACAUAUGAAGUUCACACUAGAAAAAGUUCAAGAAAUGUUGCAAGCUAUGUGGGGGUUUCCAUUUGAAUUCUCACAACCAUUGGUGACAACUAGAGAUGAUUCUAUGGGUUCGAUUGGAAUGCGGCAUUAAUGGCUUUGGGAAAGAGAUUGAAGGGCAUGACAUCUUCUCAAAGAAUCAACUUUGUGGCAUUGGGAGUUUAUGGCAUGGUGAUCUUCCCUAUCUUUGCCAAGACCAUUGCACCUAUGGUGGUAGCUUUGUUUGAGCAAUUGUUGCACACUUCGGCAUUUAAUCCU